AUGUUUCAAUCUCAACUCAAUAAUCCGUGUAGCAAUUACGAAGUUUUAUCGUCAGCAACCCAAGUAGCUCAACUCUCAGAAAAAGACCAAAAUGAUGUUCGAAAUUACAUUACCAGCGACAACCUGCAAAACCCAACACGACAGAAAAGUCAAUCAUGCGGAAAUUUGUUGAUCAAUAAACAUCCCGAGACAUGUGUUGAGAUUCCCAAACUGGUGAGUUAA